CUAUGAGACAAGAGCAUAGUAGUUCCCCUGGCUCGUUCUCUGAACCUCCACUCUCUUCCUUUCACCUUUCGUUUACCAUCUCUUUACGUCACACCCUUCACCCUUCACCCUUCGAUUACGAUACACAAACCUACCUCCACCCUUAUUCAACUACUUCUUUUAUAUAUUCUUCAACUCUUCUCUUUAUCAUACACAACACCACUUUCUUCAUCCAUGGUGCUUCCUCACUUUCUUCCCUUCUUCUUCCUACUUCUUGUUGUUGAUGGCAGGUUCGUGGUGGAGAAGAGCAGCAUCACGGUGCUGUCUCCGCACACCAUGAAGGCCAAGCACGACGGCGCCAUAGGAAACUUCGGUGUUCCUAACUACGGAGGAUUCAUAGUGGGAUCCGUACACUACCCUGACAAAGACUCUCAUGGUUGUAAGCCUUUUGAAGGUGAUAAGCCUUUCAAGAUUCACUCUUAUCGCCCCACUAUUCUUCUCCUUGAUCGUGGAGAGUGUUACUUUGCGUUGAAGGUAUGGCAUGCUCAAAUAGCUGGAGCUGCAGCAGUGUUAGUAACUGACAGCAUUGAUGAGACCCUAAUAACCAUGGAUUCUCCAGAAGAGAGUAACGAUGCAGAUGGAUACAUAGAGAAGAUUCAGAUCCCCUCGGCGCUGAUCGAGAAAUCUUUCGGCGACGAGCUGAAGCAAGCACUGAGCAAGAAAGACGAAGUGAUGCUUAGAAUUGACUGGAGAGAAUCAGUGCCUCACCCAGACAACAGAGUGGAGUAUGAGCUAUGGACUAACAGCAACGACGAGUGUGGCGCUCGCUGCGAAGAGCAGAUGAAUUUCGUCAAGAAUUUCAAAGGACAUGCUCAGAUUCUUGAGAGGGGAGGCUACACAUUGUUCACUCCUCACUACAUAACCUGGUUUUGUCCCAAGCCGUUUGUAGAGAGCAGACAGUGCAAAUCUCAGUGUAUAAAUCAUGGAAGGUAUUGUGCGCCGGAUCCCGAGAAGGAUUUUGGAGAAGGAUAUGAAGGGAAGGAUGUGGUGUAUGAAAACUUGAGGCAGUUGUGCGUUCAUAGAGUUGCCAAUGAGAGUAACCGUUCUUGGGUUUGGUGGGAUUAUGUAACAGAUUUCCAUAUCAGGUGUUCUAUGAAGGAGAAAAAAUACACCAAACAAUGUGCUGAAGAUGUCAUGAAAUCAUUAGAUUUGCCUAUAGAGAAAAUUAAAAAGUGCAUGGGUGACCCCGAAGCUGAUGUGGAGAAUGAGGUGCUAAAGAAUGAGCAACUACGCCAGAUAGGGCAUGGAUCUCGUGGCGAUGUCACCAUCUUGCCAACUUUGGUUAUAAACGAUGUCCAGUAUCGAGGAAAGUUGGAGAGAUCUGCUGUUCUAAAAGCUGUAUGUGCUGGAUUCGAGGAGACUACUGAACCUCCAGUUUGUUUAAGUGGAGAUAUUGAGACUAAUGAGUGCCUUGAAAGAAAUGGAGGAUGUUGGAAGGAUGAGAGGGCCAACAUAAGUGCUUGCAGAGAUACUUUUAGGGGAAGAGUUUGUGAGUGCCCUGUUGUGAAAGGUGUCCAGUAUAAGGGUGAUGGUUAUACAUCAUGUGAAGCUUUUGGACCUGCAAGGUGUUCAAUAAACAAUGGAGGUUGUUGGUCAGAAACUAAAAACAAAUUAACUUUCUCAGCUUGCUCAGAAUUUAUAGUAAAUGGUUGUCGUUGCCCAGUUGGAUUCCAUGGGGAUGGAUACAAAUGUGAAGAUGUUGAUGAAUGCAAGGACCGAAGCGCUUGUCAGUGUGAUGGCUGCACCUGCAAGAAUACAUGGGGUAGCUAUGAUUGCAAAUGCAAAGGAAAUCUUCUUUACAUGAGGGAACAAGAUGUUUGUAUUGAAAGAAGUGGAUCAAGAUUUGGGCGGUUCCUCGCAUUUUUGGUGAUAGCAGUUGUUGCAGCCGCCGGUUUAGCCGGUUAUGUAUUCUACAAAUACAGACUCAGGGCUUACAUGGACUCGGAAAUCAUGGCUAUCAUGUCCCAGUACAUGCCACUAGACCAGCAAAAUAAUGUAGCUCAUGCCGAAACUGAACCUUUACGGUCACAAGGCACUGUAUAAGACAUAAUCUAAUAAUGGCAAAAUGAUUGAGCUACAUACAGUGAAAUCCAAAUCAGAGAGGUGGGGUAUAUGAGCAAGAUUGGCGAUAUUCAUGACUUAACAGCAAAGAAUGGUUCACAACUUUAUAGUUUAGUGUAGGGCGAUUAUGCAAACUAUUUCGUGCAUACAUAAAUAUUUCCUAGAAUACCAUCUAGUUUUUGGUUUUUUGUAAAUAGAACUGUUGAGAUGUAAUGGCACACUUGUUUUAGUAUCAGGAUUCAACAUAGAUACUUCCCAAUACAAGUAAAGACUUUGGUUCUUUUGCAUGGUCUUAAAAUAUAACCAUCUAUUGUUCACCAAUCAAUAUUUCACUCAGCAUUUUGCAGUAGAUGAUGGUAAUAAGGUAUAACAUCCUGUGUGCUCUUAUGAGGUAAUGACCAGAUAGCUAUCCCUGUUACCAUUAAUCUAGUAUUACUCACAGCUCUUCAUUCGUGACAGUGAAAAGUGUAGCAAAGGGAGGAAACUGAAGGCAUGAGAAAUGGGGCACUUGUAUGUUGGAAGUUUAUUGUAAUUUAAACUUCUGUUGUGGCCUAAAUGUAAUUAUCUAUAAACUAUUAAUGAUUUAAUCUCAUCCGUUAAUUCUAAUGUUU